UCCCAUACUUUGUGUCCUGUAACAACCACUGCGCAAGAAUCUUUCAGGUUACCACUGAAGAACAAACUAAAUAUUAGCUAAGUUGACGAUUAGUUAGGAAAUCUUGCAUCGCAAUCAUCAGCCAUGGCUAGAUUUUGUGCAUGCCUCUGUUUAGCUUUUCUGUUCACGUUAAAUGAGGUUAAAGCUCAAAUUCAAAUUGAUGUAUCAGUCCCAGGCGAAGGAGCGGGGGAGGAACCCGAGACCCCCCCUGCCGGCAGCAGCUACCAGUAUUAUACCUAUUACACCCGCCAGUCCAACAACGUUAGACCUCCGUUAAGACAAUUUCGUUGGAAUAACAAUGGAAUCAGAUUUGGUGGAAACAGAAUGGGAUCGCCAACAGGUCAAACGUCCUAUUCUCGUCAACCUUUCCAGUAUGUGAAGAAGUUCUUCUGGUGGACUCCUAAACAACAACAAAGACCGAAUGUUCGGACAAAUGCGUUACCUUACUCUGGAGGAUUCGGACUGCAAUACAGACACAUGGUCAAACUGCUGAAUGAUCAUAACACCGUUAGGUCCAGCCUUAGAGCCGCAAAUGUCUACAAAAUGAAAUGGAGCAACCAGCUGGCCAGGGAGGCGUUGGCGUGGAUCCAGCACUGCCAGAUGCAGCACCAGCAGCAAGGUCGCGGCGAGAACCUCGCCAUGGUGUACGGGCACGGCGUCAACGUCGACAUGCUCGUCAACACCGCCGUCAACGGCUGGUACCAGGAGAAAAACAUGUGGAGAUACGGAGACGGCUUCUCAUCGGCCACGGGUCACUACACACAGAUGAUUUGGUGUUCUAGCAAGGUAAUGGGGUGUGCGGCAAAGCAGUGCCCAGACAAACUAUUGUUAGCUUGCUUCUACUCUCCACAAGGGAACAUCAUUGGCCAGCUUCCGUACAAGAUCGGUCCUCCGUGUUCUCAGUGCCAGCCCAACACCAGGUGCCAGGCGAACUUGUGUUUGUGGUAAACACCUCAUGUAUGUGGCGAGAAAUAAACAUUCAUUUCAGUUUUAUGAUGUGCAUUAGUGGCUCUGGCUGGGAAUAGAUCUCUGAAAGCAACCCAGCCUUGUUUUUCCUAUUCGACGAGUGUGUCACAUUUUCAGUACACUGGAUUCACUCCACACUUGAACCUUCAAUCUAUACUGAACAAAAAAAAAAACAAGAACAUUUUAAUAUAUUUAGUUCUUCAUGAUAAAAUAAAUUGGUAAAUAAUCUGUCAACAUGGGCUAAAAUGUGCACACGACGUUGAUAAUUCUAAAAUGUGCUAAAGACGUUGAUAAUUCUAAAAUGUGGUUGAUAAUUCUAAAAUGUGCACACGACGUUGAUAAUUCUAAAAUGUGCACACGACGUUGAUAAUUCUAAAAUGUGCACA